AUGAGGGUGAAUGAUCAAAAAGUCACUUUCAAUGUGUUCAAUGCUAUGAGAUUCCCGGAUGAAAUUGAAGAAUGUUCGCGUGUGAGUGUGAUUGAUUCUAUUGUGGCUGAAAAUUUUCACAAGGAAGUGUGGAAGGAUGAAAGGGUGAUAAGUUCUCUUGAAGAUCUUGAAGCCUUGAGUGAAGAUGAAGAAACCCAAGUUGCUUGGGUUGAGCCAAUGCAGCAUUUCCCUAAAUUCAAGAGAGCUUUUGAAUCUUUAGAGCUGAAGGAAAGCAAUUUCAAGCCUCCAAAACCUUCUAUCCAAGAACCACCUAAACUAGAGCUAAAGCCCUUGCCAAGUCACCUAAAAUAUGCCUAUUUGGGGGAGAAUGAAACGCUGCCAAUAAUUAUUUCAGCAUGGUUGGAAGCUGAAACUGAAGGUUUGUUGCUAGAAGUGUUGAAGAAACAUAAAAGAGCAAUUGGGUGGACUAUGGCAGACAUAAAAGGAAUUAGUCCAACGAUUUGCACGCACAAGAUACUCCUAGAAACUGGCUGUAGUAACUCCAUUGAGUAUCAACGAAGGUUGAAUCCUGUGAUGAAGGAAGUAGUGCGAAAAGAAGUGAUAAAGUGGCUAGACUAUGGUAUUGUAUACCCAAUUUCAGAUAGUUCAUGGGUUAGUCAUGUUCAAUGUGUGCCAAAGAAAGGAGGAAUCACGGUGGUGGCUAACAAGAACAAUGAAUUGAUUCCUACUAGAACCGUGACUGGUUGGAGGGUGUGUAUGGACUACCGGAAGCUAAAUAAUGCCACUAGGAAGGAUCAUUUCUUACUGCCAUUUAUUGAUCAAAUGUUGGAUCGUUUGGCGGGUAAAGAGUUCUAUUGCUUUCUUGACGGCUAUUCGGGCUACAAUCAAAUUUCUAUAGCGCCGGAGGACCAAGAGAAAACAACCUUCACUUGUCCAUAUGGCACUUUUGCCUUUAGGAGGAUGCCAUUUGGGCUAUGCAACGCUCCCGCUACCUUCCAACAGUGUAUGAUGGCAAUUUUUUCAGAUAUGGCGGAGAGUAUUCUUAAGAUCUUCAUGGAUGAUUUUUCAGUUUUUGGGGAAUCUUUUGGUACGUGUUUGGCUAACUUGGAAAAAGUAAUAAUGAACAAUUCACUACCUCAAAUGCUUCCUCAAGCUCAAACACCAAAAAUCUAA